GAAGGAGUUGUCAUGCCUACCUUCAGAUCUACACAAUACAUGCAGCAGACCGUCUGGGCUGAAACCUGACCAAGCUUACACAGCUUCAGGUCAAGCGUGACAAACCCUUGCAAGCAUUCCACUGCAACUCCACCAUCACCAUAUACCUCACCAACCAGAGCAGAAACUUUGACUGAGGAUUUUGAUGCCAUAGAGGGACAAAAAUAAUAACUGCUACCUAAAAUCUGGAAGUCAAGGAAGUCAGCAGGUAAUGGUGUUAGGAUGUCUGAACCAAGGCAGCGCUCUCUGUCCACCUCAGGAGAGUCUCUGUAUCAAGUGAUGGGGCUUGAAAAAGGCUGCACCCAUGACGAUAUCAAGAAGUCUUACAGAAAAUUAGCUCUGCGAUAUCACCCGGACAAGAACCCCGACAACCCAGAAAUGGCGGAGAAAUUCAAGGAGCUAAACAGCGCUCAUUCCAUUCUGUCAGACAUCACCAAGAGAAACAUAUACGACAGCUAUGGCUCCCUUGGCCUUUACGUGGCCCAGCAGUUUGGAGAGGAGAAUGUCAACACCUACUUCACGCUGUCUACAUGGUGGGCUAAGGGUCUCUUUGCCCUUUGCGGCGUGAUAACAGGGUGCUACUGUUGCUGUUGUCUGUGCUGCUGUUGCAACUGCUGCUGCGGGAAGCUGAAGCCCUCACCCCCCGGAGAGGGAGCGGACAGCUAUGUCUCCCCCGAGGACCUGGAGGAAGAGAUACGUCACGAGACGGAGUCCGAUAUGGACACACCAGUUGUGCACCAGCCAACGAAUGCCAGUGAGAAGACACAGUUGAUUGGAGAUGGGCACCGAAGCUACACCUAAACCUGGACAUGUGUACUAACAAUUCAGUCACUGGACUACAUAAACAAGCACUACUGAUUCCAUAUAUAGGUUAAUUAAUCUUCCCAAUUACAUCCCAAAUUACUUUGUAUGUUAAAUAAGUUUUUUUGGUUGUUUUCAUUAGAUGUAGUCAUUUUUCACCUGAAAACUUAAUCUAUCCUUUUCAUAUGUCUA